AUGGUCCGCGACUACGAAGACGACCGCUCCAACAAGCGGCGGAAGCUCGACUUUAACCCGCUUCGUUCCGAUGAUCGAUUCGGUGACUUGCCAUCCCGCGUUCAAAAUAGGAACAAUGGCACUUUCAACUCGAGGAGUUCAACGCCGCGCGGCGGAUCACGUCUUGCGGGCGCCGCCACACCACGACAACGCGAGUUCGACGGCCCCGAGGCCGGGGUGAACGACCCAGACGCCGUCAACGCGCUGGACCGCGACUGGUACGGCGGUGACGAUGACCUUGGAGGCCACACAUUUGGCGAUGACACGCACAACCCGUUCGGUGGUGAUAACGGGUGGGCGGCGCAGGAGAGGGAAGCCGCAAUGGUGGAGAAGAAGGUUGGGCAGUUCUCACGGGGCAUGAACGUGCGACAAGUACAAAAGCAGAAGGAUGUCGACGCGUGGGAGACCAAUAGGAUGCUUACAUCGGGGGUAGCGCAAAGGCGAGACAUGGGCGCCGAUUUCGAGGACGACCAAGAGGGCACGCGUGUCCAUCUUUUGGUUCACGACUUGCGACCCCCUUUCUUGGAUGGACGGACCGUCUUCACGAAACAGCUCGAACCAGUCCCCGCCGUCCGGGACGCACAGAGCGACAUGGCCGUGUUCAGUAGGAAAGGCAGCAAGGUGGUUAGAGACCGCCGGCAACAACGAGAACGCGCAAAGCAAGCGCAGGAGGCCACGAACGUAGCCGGGACAGCGCUGGGCAACUUGAUGGGCGUCAAGGACGAGGAUACCGACAGCGCGCUUCCGAUCGCCGUCGAGGAUGACUCCAAGGCGCAAAACACCAACAAGUUCAGUGACCACUUGAAGAAAUCCGAGGGCGCAAGCAGCUUUAGCCAAAGCAAAUCAUUGAGGGAGCAGCGUGAAUUCCUACCCGCGUUCGCGGUGCGGGAGGAGCUGUUACGCGUUAUCCGGGAUAACCAGGUGGUGAUUGUGAUCGGAGAGACGGGUUCCGGCAAGACGACGCAGCUCACCCAGUUCUUAUUCGAGGAUGGCUACGGAAAAACUGGCAUGAUUGGAUGUACGCAACCUCGCAGAGUGGCAGCCAUGAGUGUUGCCAAGCGCGUUGCCGAAGAGAUGGAAGUAAAGUUAGGCGGCACGGUUGGAUAUGCAAUCCGGUUCGAGGACUGCACCAGCAAGGAGACGGUCAUCAAGUACAUGACAGACGGCGUGUUACUCCGGGAGUCACUCAACGAGUCGGACCUGGACAGGUACUCGUGCAUCAUCAUGGACGAGGCGCACGAAAGAGCGUUGAAUACGGAUGUCUUGAUGGGGCUUUUCAAGAAGAUUCUCCAGAGGCGGCGCGAUCUGAAGCUGAUCGUCACCUCAGCCACCAUGAACUCGAAACGUUUCUCCGACUUCUACGGCGGCGCUCCCGAGUUCACCAUUCCUGGCCGGACGUUCCCGGUAGAUGUCAUGUUCCACCGGUCACCGGUCGAGGACUACGUCGACCAAGCGGUACAACAGGUUCUGGCCAUCCACGUGGGAAAACCCGCCGGGGAUAUCCUCGUGUUCAUGACAGGCCAGGAGGAUAUCGAGGUGACUUGCGAGCUGGUCCGCGACCGGCUAGACGCGCUCAACGACCCCCCCAAGCUCAGCAUCCUCCCUAUCUACAGUCAGAUGCCUGCGGAUCUUCAGGCAAAGAUCUUCGAUCGGGCUCCUCCGGGCGUCCGGAAAUGCAUUGUGGCGACCAACAUUGCCGAGACAAGUUUGACCGUCGACGGUAUCAUGUACGUGGUCGACGCAGGGUUUUCCAAGCUCAAAGUGUACAAUCCCCGGAUGGGUAUGGACACUCUUCAGAUCACGCCUAUUUCGCAAGCCAAUGCGUCGCAGCGCUCCGGUCGUGCCGGCCGGACUGGCCCCGGACAAGCAUAUCGCCUCUUCACCGAGAAGGCAUUCAGGGACGAGAUGUAUAUCCAAACAAUACCCGAAAUCCAGCGGACGAACCUAAGCAACACAGUUUUGCUUCUCAAGUCGCUCGGGGUCAAGGACCUGCUUGACUUUGACUUUAUGGAUCCGCCACCUCAAGAUACCAUUACUACUUCGCUGUUCGACUUGUGGGCGCUGGGUGCGUUGGACAACCUGGGCGAACUGACCGACCUCGGGCGCAAGAUGAACGCGUUCCCCAUGGACCCGUCGCUCGCCAAACUGCUAAUCAUGUCGGAAAUGUAUGGCUGCAGCGAAGAGAUGGUGACGAUCGUCUCCAUGCUUUCCGUACCCAACGUCUUUUACCGGCCCAAGGAGCGGCAGGAAGAGUCUGACGCGGCGCGCGAAAAGUUCUUUGUGCCUGAGUCGGACCAUCUCACAUACCUCCACGUGUACACGCAGUGGAAGGCGAACGGGUACAACGAUAGGUGGUGUAUCCAGCACUUCCUACACUCCAAAUCGCUGCGGCGAGCCAAGGAAGUCCGGGACCAGCUCUUGGACAUCAUCAAGAUGCAGAACAUGGAGAUGGUCAGCUGCGGCACCGAUUGGGAUAUCAUUCGCAAGUGCAUCUGCUCGGGCUACUACCACCAGGCGGCGAAGGUCAAGGGCAUUGGGGAGUACAUCAACCUACGCACCAGCGUGACGGUGCAGCUGCACCCGACCAGUGCACUCUACGGACUGGGGUUCCUGCCAGACUACGUCGUGUAUCACGAGUUGAUUUUGACGUCCAAGGAGUACAUGUCAACGGUGACAUCGGUGGACCCUCACUGGCUGGCUGAUCUCGGAGGCGUCUUCUACUCGAUCAAGGAAAAGGGGUACUCGGCACGGGAGAAACGGAUUACGGAGACCGAGUUCAACAGGAAGAUGGAGAUUGAGGCGCAGAUGGCGGCGGACAAGAAACGACAGGAAGAUGAGCUACAGGCGGAGGAGGAGCUGAAGUUGGUAAAGAAGACCGGGCCAUCGAAGGACAAGAAGACUGUCACGUCGGGGGCGGUGGUGAAGCCGGUCCGGAAGCGAGCCGGGAGGGGAUUCUAG